AUGGGUCUAAAAAGAGCAGCCCCAGAAGCUACCGGCCCAGAGUUCCAGUUUGAGCUCGGAAGCGAGAAAAGACGCGUGAGUGUGCGCAAGUUCAAGGGGGCUACUUUAGUUGAUAUCAGGGAGUACUACCAGAAAGAGGGAAAAUGGCUGCCUGGGUCCAAGGGAAUUGCACUUACAGAGGACCAAUGGAAGGCCCUUCGCGGGCUAAUUGGCGAGAUCGACGACUCGAUCUCGCAACUGGAGCCAGAACAGAAAAAGUACAAGAGCGAGGAGAAAGUUGUCAACAGUGACGAGGAGUUGGCUAAGGAGUCUGGAGAAGAGCGGGAAGGCGAGUCUGAAUCCGACAACAACCAGAAGGAGGCCUAG